CAACUCUCUCUCUUGCUCUCUCUUGGUAAUCAAUAUUAUAUCCUUCUCUUCUAAAGAGUUUUUACAACUAUUCUUUCAGUUGAAGAAGCGAGAGUUAGAGCUCAGGAAAAGUCAUUUCAAGCCAUUCGUUAUCCGAGAUUGAAAAGGACGAUCAUGGAACAAGUGAUUGGGAUUCCGGUGAUCUCAGGAUCCUUAUUAUUAACUGAUUCUGACUCCAUGCAAUGUCAAUCCACUCAUCACGAAGAUCAAUUGCAAGGGUUAGGAAAAGAUUCGAUGCUUAAGAGGAUGAACAAGCUCCGGAUGAAAGCUGAUUUUUUCGCUCACAGUUUCCGAGCUCAUGUGAGGUCAAAUCUGAAGAUGUCGGAAACAGUGAAAGGGAAGCUGAGCUUGGGAGCUCAAUUCCUGCAAGUGGGUGGAAGGGAGAAAGUUUUCAAGACACUGUUUAAUGUCUCUGAAAACGAGAGACUCCUGAAGGCUUCACACUGCUGCUUAUCGACUUCGGCCGGUCACAUUGCUGGCUUCCUCUUCAUAUCCACCGGGAACUUAGCGUUCUGCAGUCACAGAUCCAUAAAGGUGUGCUGUCCAAAUGGAGAAGCUGCCAAGGUCCAUUACAAGGUACUGAUCCCACUUUCUAAAAUAGAGACAGCACACCAAAGCGAGAAUGUUGAGAAGCCAUCGCAGAAGUACAUGCAGAUUGUGACAGUAGACAACUUCGACUUCUGGUUCAUGGGAUUCCUGAAUUAUCAGAAAACCUGGAAAUAUAUUCAGCAAGCACUUUUUCUUGAGCAGUAAUAGCAUUCCACACUCUAGGCAGGAAAAUGCCCUUUUCCGUCUUUUCCUUUCUUCUGAGAUGUAAAUGCAGAGAACUCAGGCUACCAUAUAUAUGUAAUUGUCGACAAAAUGUAAAAGAGGUUUAUUCAGAGAAAUCAGAAGCUGCAACGUUUCACGAACUGGCA